AUGCCCCAAGGAAAUCCCAACCAAGAGAAAGAAACUACAAAAAAACCUCCCUCCUCCACAUCGCCUCACACCUCCUACGCGCAACGGUAUGCCUCAAAAAUACGCAAUCCCGCCGCCCGAGUUGCGGGACGGGCUUCCCAAGAUGUUCGGCGCAAUGCGUUUUUAAAUCGGAUAAAACGGGGGCGUGAAAAUUCAAUGUUCAGCGCCAGAGAGGAUAGUAUACUGUGGAUGGACUACGUCGCGCAAAAGCAACGAUUCGAGGAGGAGAUGGCACGCUCGGCGCCGGUCCUUAGCAAUGUAGAGGAUGAAAUGAUGGAUAUCCACGAGGAUGACCACGCAAGAGAGGAUAGUGAUACAAAACACAAUGACCAAACACGGGAUGACGAGGCUGCCUUAGAAGAAUAUCUCGCGCAAGAGCGCGAGUAUGAAGCGUUCCUGGAAGAAAUGGAAAGCCGAAUUGAAGCGAAUCACACAGAUAGUAACCAAGGCGAAGACGAGGAUUAUGACAGGAUAUUUGCUGAGAUUGCUUCACAUUAUACAGCGGCCAUUUCAGAUCCGAGUGAGCAAAUGGACAUGUCGCAUGGAUGA